UGCAACUCUGCUACUCUGAGCUGUUGAAAGUAAAAAAAAAAGGGAUGUUGGGAGUUGACUUUAGAUGUUUUGAGCUAUCAGAUAUUUGUCACUGUUUGAUUUCUUCUACGGCCAACACCGUUUCGGACAUAACAAACAAGUUGCAUUGUACCAGACUUAGUCUAAAGAAACAAUAAACCUAACCUUCCCUAUAAGUAUCCGUCUCAGCCAUGCAUACUUGUUUAACAAGAAACAUUCAGCAUCAUGAGGGGAAACAAGAAUUACUCCUCCCUGUUUCUCCUCUCUUUUCUAAUUCUACCCAUCCUUCAUUCAAGCUCUUGUACACCCAAAUGUGGAGAUAUCCAGAUCCCGUUCCCCUUUGGAAUCGAAGACGGUUGCUAUCUCGAUGAGUGGUACAAAAUCGAAUGUCGUCGACCAAAUGCUACUUCCGGGAAAAGUUUCCCAUUCCUUCCCAAAAUCAACAUGGAGGUUGUGAAUAUUACCCUUCCGGGGGGAAAUUACAAUCUCUUCGAUAGUUCAACAAAAUUAUCUUCAAUUCGUGUCAAAACCUCGAUUGCAUCCAUGGGAUGUUCUAGCGAUGGAAAAGAUUCAGGGUUGACUUUGAAUUUGACGGACACUCCUUUCUUCUUUGGGGACCAAAACAACCUCGUGGCUGUUGGUUGCAACAACAAGGCGUCGCUGACAAAUGUGGAACCAAAGAUGGUGGGAUGCGAGUCGACUUGCACCACAAGCAACAGUUUGCAUAGCAUUCCUUUAUUCGAUAAAGUUGGAUGCUCGAGGUCCCGCUACAGCUACACUCAAGCCAUCUUGCCUAGCAGCUACGUACCAUUCUGCAAUACAACGAAAAAACAAGAGUGCAACGGGGACGGAUGCUGCCAGGUGAAAGCACCUGUUGGUGCUCAGCAACUCGUUGGUGUCACAGUAACAAACAGUAGUAAUGGAAACUUUACAAAGGGUGGAGGAUGCAAAGUUGCCUUUUUAACAGACGAAGUCUACACUGUAUCGAAUGCGACCAAUCCAGAGCUGUUUUUUUCCAAGGGCUACUCUACUGUUAGCCUAGGAUGGUUCAUCCAAACGAAGAAUCGUUCGUUUCUAGAAUCAUUGGACUGCCAAAACAGAGAAGAGUUCGAUCAAAGUAAAACAAGAACAGCAAAAUGCGCAUGCGAUAAUCAUACAGCUUCCGGGAUCAUUUAUGCAACUUGUGCAUGUGCUAGCGGUUACAAGGGUAAUACAUACCUUUUAGACAACUGCCAAGAAAUUAAUGAGUGUGCCGAACGUGACAAUCCCUGUGGGGAGCACAAUUUUUUAUAUCACAAGACUUGUAAGAAUAAGCUGGGAGGUUAUGAAUGCGUGAGCUACCAUAUUCCAGAAGUACUGGUAGGAUUAGGUGCAGGUUUUUUUGUCUUAAUAGUAGGCUGUGGUAUAUGGGGGUUGAGAAAGCAACUUAGAAAAAGAAGGAUGACAAAGCGCAAGAGGAAGUUCUUCAAACGUAACGGAGGACUAUUGUUGCAGCAACAGUUACAUACAACUCAAGGCAGAGUUGAGAAAACAAAAGUAUUCAGCUCGAGAGAGCUAGAGAAAGCCACUGAUAACUUCAACGAAAACAGGGUUAUUGGACAAGGUGGGCAAGGAACAGUGUACAAAGGUAUGCUUAUAGAUGGUAGAUCCGUAGCAGUCAAGAAAUCCAAUGUUGUAGAUGAAGACAAACUACUAGAGUUCAUCAACGAGGUCAUCAUUCUCUCCCAGAUCAACCAUAGACAUGUUGUGAAGCUCUUGGGAUGUUGUCUUGAGACAGAGGUUCCUAUUUUGGUUUACGAGUUUAUAACCAAUGGAAACCUCUUCCAACAUCUACAUGAAGAAUUUGAUGACUACACAGUGUUAUGGGGAGUACGUAUGCGCAUUGCCGUAGAUAUCGCAGGAGCUUUUUCAUAUCUACACACUGCUGCGAGUUCACCAAUUUAUCACAGAGAUAUCAAGUCAACGAACAUAUUACUAGAUGAGAAGUACCGAGCCAAAGUUUCUGAUUUUGGAACUUCAAGAUCAGUUACUAUAGAUCAUACUCAUUGGACCACGCUAAUAUCAGGUACAGUCGGAUAUGUGGAUCCUGAAUACUACGGGUCAAGCCAUUUCACCGAAAAGAGUGAUGUUUAUAGUUUUGGGGUUGUCCUAGUGGAGCUUAUUACGGGAGAGAAGCCUGUUAUAACCCUUUCGAAUACUCAAGAAAUAAAAGGGUUGGCAGAUUAUUUCAGACUUGCAAUGAAAGAGAACAGACUCUUUGAUAUCAUUGAUGAUCGAAUAAGAAAUGAUUGCAAGCUUGAACAAGUAAUUGCAAUGGCACAUUUGGCGAUGAGGUGUCUCAAAAAGGCAGGGAAGGCUCGGCCAGAUAUGAGAGAAGUUUCUACAGCUUUGGAGAGGAUAUGUUCAUCACCAGAGGAUUUUCAGGUGCAAAUUCAAAUUGAUGGAGAAGAGAGAAUAUACAGAGACGAUUCUUAUAGAACGGUCACUUCAAGAACAAUGUGAA